GGGGGCGGCCGGCCGCUGAAGCCGAGCGCGGCCAGAGGCGGGGGGCUCCGGACCGUCCGCCCGCGGGGCCCGCCGCGCCCAGGCUCGCGGGAGCAGCCCCGGGGACCGGCACGGCUUUUUGUUCCUCCUCCCUCGCGGAUUCGCAGAGCCCCGGGAGCCGCGCCCCCGGCCCGCUUGGCCAGUCCGGACCCUGCGCCCCGGCUGGCAUGGAGACGGUGGAGAAAGAGUGCGGGGCCCUGGGGGGCCUCUUCCAGGCCAUCGUCAAUGACAUGAAGAGCUCCUAUCCCAUCUGGGAAGACUUCAAUUCAAAAGCCACUAAGCUACACUCUCAGCUCAGGACCACAGUCCUGGCUGCAGUGGCUUUCCUGGAUGCCUUCCAGAAAGUGGCUGAUAUGGCCACCAACACCCGAGGGGCCACAAGAGACAUUGGCUCAGCCCUCACCCGGAUGUGCAUGCGUCACCGAAGCAUUGAGACCAAGCUUCGGCAGUUUACCAAUGCCCUGUUGGAAAGCCUCAUCAACCCCCUACAAGAGAGGAUUGAGGACUGGAAAAAAACCGCCAACCAACUAGACAAGGAUCAUGCAAAAGAAUACAAACGGGCUCGCCAUGAGAUCAAGAAGAAAUCAUCAGACACAUUAAAGCUACAGAAGAAAGCCCGAAAAGAGCUACUUGGCAAAGGGGACCUUCAACCGCAGCUGGACAACGCCCUCCAGGAUGUAAAUGACAUGUACCUGCUCUUGGAGGAGACAGAGAAGCAAGCCGUGCGCCGGGCCCUGAUUGAGGAGAGGGGGCGAUUCUGCACCUUCAUCACCUUCCUACAGCCUGUGGUGAAUGGAGAGAUCACCAUGUUGGGGGAGAUCACCCACCUGCAAGGCAUAAUUGAUGACCUGGUGGUGCUGACGGCUGAGCCCCACAAGCUGCCCCCAGCCAGUGAGCAGGUGAUCAAAGAUCUGAAGGGCUCUGACUACAGCUGGUCAUACCAGACUCCGCCAUCUUCUCCCAGCAGCUCUGGCUCUCGGAAGUCCAGCAUGUGCAGCAGUGGUAACAGUACAAAGGGUGGCGCCCCAUGGCCUGGCGGGUCCCAAACAUACUCACCCAGUUCCACCUAUCGCUACCGCAGCCUGGCGCAGCCAGCUAACACCAGUGCCCGCCUCUCCAGCGUCUCCUCCCAUGACUCUGGCUUCAUCUCCCAGGACGCCAUGUACUCCAAACCGCCAUCGCCCAUGCCCUCGGACAUCACCAGCCAGAAGUCCUCCAGCUCGGCAUCUUCUGAGGCUUCGGAAACCUGCCAGUCAGUUAGCGAGUGCAGCUCCCCCACCUCGGAUUGGUCCAAGGCUGGCACAUAUGACCAGCCAAUAGCAACCACUCUACAGCGGAGGAAGGACCGAGUAGAGCAUCUGAGGGAAGCAGAAGCAGGCCCAGGCAGCGGAGGCUAUCCCAACAUCAGUGGGGAAGAGACGCCUCGACCCAGGAUGUCCCCUGCAACCAUCGCAGCUAAGCAUGGCGAAGAGGUCUCUCCGGCUGCCAGUGACCUGGCCAUGGUGCUGACUAGGGGCCUGAGCCUCGAGCACCAGAAGAGCAGCCGGGACUCCCUGCAAUAUUCAAGCGGCUAUAGCACACAAACAACCACCCCUUCCUGCUCCGAAGACACCAUCCCUUCUCAAGGUUCAGACUAUGACUCCUACUCUGUGAAUGGGGACGUGGAAGUCGAGGGGCAGAGUGAGUUCGACAAGUCUUCCACCAUCCCCCGAAACAGCAACAUUGCCCAGAAUUACCGCCGGAUGAUCCAGACCAAGCGACCUGCCUCCACGGCUGGACUGCCGACAGGCAUGGCCCUGCCUUCAGGUGCCCCACCAGGUGUAGCCACCAUCCGCCGCACACCCUCCACCAAGCCUUCAGUGCGCCGCACUCUCUCGAAUGCUGGCCCCAUCCCCAUUCGCCCACCUAUUGUCCCAGUGAAGACCCCCACGGUGCCUGAUUCGCCAGGUUACACAGGCCCCACCCGGGUGGGCAGUGAGGAGUGCGUCUUCUAUGCUGACGAUGCUUCCUCUCCCCAUGCACCUGAUUUUGCUAAGGCCUCCCCAAAACGGCUGAGUCUCCCCAAUACUGCGUGGGGUAGCACCUCACUGGAGGUGGCCAGCUACCCAGGAGCAGGACAGUCUCUCUCAGCUGAGGAGGCUGAGGAGGAGCAGCAGCAGCUGGCAGCCAAUCGCCAUAGUCUGGUAGAGAAGAUUGGGGAGCUGGUAGCAGGUGCCCAUGCUCUGGGAGAGGGACAAUUUCCCUUUCCCACUACCCUAUCCAGCACCUCAGGGGAAGAGACGCCUAUCCCACCCCCCGCUGCUUCGAGUGACCCUCCAGCUGAAGACAUGCUGGUGGCCAUCCGGCGUGGGGUGAGGCUUCGAAGGACCAUCACCAAUGACAGAUCUGCCCCCCGCAUCUUGUGAUGUUGCUGCCCCCUCCCCGGCCUCCCAAAUAAGGGAGCCCUCAGGGUCUGGACUGAGCAGCUGGGGCCACGUGAGAGAGGAGUUAGGAGAGAAAAGCAAUUGGGAGCCACAUUAAAUACAAAAGAAAAACAAUAAAGGAGAGAUAAAGAAAAGUUUAAAAAAAUACAAGGCAAAGCCACUUUAUGGAUAGAGACACAGAAUUUAGAUUAAAAAAUUUAAACAAGAAAAAACUUCUUUAACAAACCUUGGAAAGGUGGAGCCAUUAGGCCUUGAACUCUUCUGGAGUCUCUUUCAUACUUUGUCUCACCCACUCUGUUCCCUUCUCUUCUCCUCACCUCCUUGCCACCCCUUGCCUUCUGCAUAUCUUGCCCCUCCCUAGUGAGCGGUGGGGAAAGGUGUCCCUGGCCAGCCAUGAGUCAGGGAAGAUGCCCAGCCAGGCCUGGGAUCAGUAGCUCCACAGUUCCCCCAACACUAACACACAUGCACACACACACAGCCUCCUACAAAAGACGGAACUGACUUGUGGUCUUUCUCAAACCCGUUCUGUUCAUCAUCUCGUACUCCAGCUGGGGCACUGGUACCUAGUCUGAGCCGCUGCUUGGUUCCUCCCUAUCUUGUUCUUGACUUUCUCCUUUGUUUUUUCCUUCCUUCUCAAUGUCUCUGCUCUCUGAAUUAGCCAUGAUGGCAGGGAAAGGAGAAUACAAGGCCAGUAGUGCUUCAGAGACAUGGGACCCACCAUCAAGGUCUUUUUACUUCAUUUAAGGGAGCAGUAAGGUGGCCAGGGCCCACCAGGAGGCUUCAGGGCCUCACUUUGGAGUCACCAGGAGUGAACUAUUGCCUUGGGCUCUGAAGCAAUAGGCAACAUGGCCUCAGGAACAGGAACCCCUGGCGCCAGGCAUGUCAGAGGUGUGAGUAACCAGAAGCAGUCCUUGGUCUUGUAGGGUAUUUUCUAGUCUACACCUUCCUACCACUCAUCAGAUGUAUUGGUGGGAAGUUAGGUAUUUCUGGUGAGAAAGGUGGGAGACCUAUAGAAGCUGAGGAAAACACUGGGAAAAGGAAAGCAAUUUCCAGAGUGCUAUGGAGAUACUCAGUCCAUAGAGGCGGUUGGCAAUGUCUCUAAGGGAACCAGGUCUAAUUUGAGCACCUUGUGACAGUAACUCUGGUGGCACUUUUGGGUCAGUUUCAGCCAUCCUGUCACCCCAACCCAAAACUUGGGGUCAGGGGCUAGAGCUGUACAGAGGGUAUGUGUGUAGGGCGGGGUGGGGAUUAUUUUGUUAAUAUAAUAAUAAAAUGAAGGCGAUUAUACCUGGGUGAAGAUCGUGUGUGCGAAUGGGAGGUAUGACUCUGUGAGUGUGUGUUGUGUUGGUAUAAAAAUUGUAUCUCUGCAGAGGGUGUGUGUGUGUGUGUGUGUGUGUGUGUGUGUGUGCUGUGCACACGCGUGUGACAGAAGCAGCUGAAUUGUAGCCGUAUGGGCCUUUGGCAGGAAAAGGGAAGUUGUAUUUGUUGUUAGAAAGCCAUGGAGUGGCUGAUAUUCUCUCCAGUGUCUGGAGUUUGGCCCAAAUGGUCGGAAGGGCCUGGGGGUCUAAGCUAUAGACCCCUGUGUGGCCCAUGGCAGGGUUAGGGCAGUGAGGGAGGCAGAAGACAAGGGGGGGUAAUUAUUGAAGAUUGGCUUUGACCCUCUGUUGCCAGAGGAGAUGCCAUCCACGAAGACCCCAUCCGUGGCCUCUAGCCUUCCAAGCCUGUGCCAGGAAGCAGCAGGGUAGUAGGGCAGGGGUGGCCUUGUCUGCCCCCAUACAGUGCCAAAAUGUGUGCCCUACUCUAGGGCAGAGGCAGGGGCAGGGGCUCAGGCCAUGGAGAAAGUGGCUACAAAAGUUUCCGCCUCUCCUCCCUCCCUUUGUUCCACCACUCCAUAGUCUAAACAGGGUAAAAAGCAUGUGCGAUUAAGGCGAGAGGAGUGAGUCCUGUAUCCAAGAAUAAAGUGUCUAAGGGAACAAAAAGGACUCAGGCUGCAGGCCCAUCGCCAUUGCCACCAGCUCCCAGAGACAGGGUGGUCAGUGGGCUUGGGAAAGCUGGUUUUUCCUUGUGUCUUGACUGGUUAGGAACACAUCUGAGCCUCACUCCUCCACUGCCCUUUGCCUUAGGAACCCAAAGACAUCUUUCUUGUGCCAUAAGAUAAAGGGGACCCUGGAUUCAUGGCAUGAAAACCAGAUUCACCUGAAUUCCCUCCCCUUUUCCAUUGGGUACUUCAAAGGACAUUAUUUAUGUUGGGGGCACGUUUUCUCAGGCUUCAGGGGUGUCCUUCAAGCCCAAUCUUAAGAGCCACCUGAAGCAUUUCUGGGCUAGAAAGCAUGAGGGCAGAGAGGGAGUUUUACCAGGAUGAGGCCCAUGAGCUCUGCAGCUGGAGAUCAAGUGGUGGUGACGCUGAGUAGCAUGUACUGAGGAGGGCAAAGGGACAGAGAGCAAAGGUUGCUCCUUGGGGCAGAGGAGCCAGUUCAGAAAGCAUUGGGCAGGAGUUUGUUAGGCAGCUGGCUUGAUGGGCCUGGCAUUUUCACAUGUAAGCUGAUGGUUUGCGGUGGUGUGGGGUGUGGAACGUGCUGAGGGUUUGCAGCCAGUGAGUGUGGUUGGGGUGGGAAGGGGUGGGAUAGUGCGUGUGCUGGGGGAGGGAGGGUGUAGAGGAGCAGUUUUUCAUAUAAAAUGAUGGGAAGUGCAAGGGGUUCCUCUUCCUCUGUGCCUUCCCUUUUCCCCCUUGCUCCCUUAUAUGCCAGGAAAGUCAUUUGACUGCUUUUCAGGGACUUUGGGGGGCCUGUUCGGUCUGAGGAUCUUUGCUAUAGCCUGUGCAAAGGGCCCGGCUCCAAACUAUGUGUCCAAACAUGCUGGAGAAAGAAUACUCUGACCCACUGCCAGUGAGCAUGUGUGGGUGUCAAGUUUUCCACUCUCUCACCCAUUCUCCCUCUUCACCAAUAGGGUUAGGGGUGGCUCACUCUGUGGCUGUGGGGCAGAAUUUCCCGCCGGGGGGAUUCUAGCUCUGACCUUGGCCUUGCGUUACUUCACUACCCUGGGUUCCCUCUUCUGGGUGUUCGGCCAUGCAAACGGGGCAAAGAUACACCUACGGCCGCCCCAUUGCUUUUCUCCAAAAUGUCCAGGGACACUGUUGUCCCUUAGUAAGGGACAAUGGGAGCCUCCUGUAAGGUUUCAGGUGAGGACUCUGCUGGGAGGGCUGGCAGGAUGCUAGACAGAAUGAAUGCUCUUUCCUCAUUUCAACUCCUAAAGCAACCCUUCUCUUUCUCUUGCUCUUUGGCCCCCUUCUGUCAGGAAUAAGAAAUGCUCUUCCUCCCAGAAGGAAGAGAAAAGGCCCCCAUCAUUCUCUGCAUGCCAUACUUUCCUGAAGCGGCGAGAUAAGACAAGCUAGAGAAGGUGAUGCGAGGGAAGGAUGAGGGAGCAGGAGAGAAUCAGGAAAGACACACGGCCUUUGAAGAAGCCCCCAAAUAUUCCUCCCUAGGCUGAGCCCAUCAUAUCCCCACUCCCCUGGAAGCACCCCUGGUGUUGUAUAUAGAGCUCCAAUCCUGCCCUUGUUCGUGGGCCCUAACCCAGCCCCGUCCCGUCAUUAGUAAUUAGUAAUAACCACGUAGGCCCUGGCCCGCCAGCCUUCUCUGACUGGAGCCAACAAUACCACCACAUAGACCGUUUUUUUUUGUUUGUUUAGUUUGGGGAUUUGUUUGUUUUUAUUUUUCAUUUUGUACAGAGAAAAAUCCCUUUCAAAAGUGUCUUUCGACUGACGUAACUUUUCUGGUGCUGUUGUUAACCCGUUUCUUUUUUUUAAUUUAUUUUCCCUUCGGCUCCCCUUUCCUCACCCACUCCCUGGCCCCUCUACCCAGCCAUCGUUUGCUCUCUUUUCGUUGGUUUGUUUGUCGGACUUUAUCCUCUUUCCCUCCUGCCCCGCCACGAUCCAGCCCUUGAGUUGAAUAGUCACCGCUACUCGUAACAAACGCACUGUGAACACUCCAGUAUUAAUAAAAGCUGUACUGUAAUUAACGAA